AUGGGGCUAACGCGUUCGUUGAAUAUACCUACUGAGAUAAUCAAGAGGAACGAAGCUUCGUCGGCCUCACCAACAGCAACAGAUGCAAAUGGGUGUGUUGUUUGUUCUUCAGAUCCAGUGUGCCCCAAAUGUGAAGAUGGUGAAGACUGUCUGUUAACAAUUCAGACGUGUCAACAGUGCCCCAAGACCUAUUGUAAGGCAGUUGGUGGUAGAUCUCACUCUUCAGGACCUUCAGCACAAACUGUCGGCGGGCUAGCAGGUGGUAUAACAGGUGGAUUACUGCUGUUGAUAGGGAUUGGUUCAUACAUUUUCUACAAAUAUUAUGUCAAGAAGAAGCUAGUAUUCAACAGAGUCAACCAUAAGGAAUUUUACUUUGACGAUGAUGUUGAAGUGAAUUUCCGUCAUAAUCAUCCAGGAAAUGAUGGUCAACAACCACCAAAUCAAGGUUCAUCAAGAAACAGUUUGGCGACAACAAUGUUCACAAGAGCCUCGAAUAUCAUUCCUAUUGCCUAUAUCCCAGGUGUCACCAUUGGCCCAAAUACAGAUUCCGGGAACAGUAGAGCAUCUCAAUAUUCAGAAACCAAUACUAUUGAUUCAGAGCUGAUAGGUGAUAGAUUUAGUAAAGCCUCUAUCAUAGGGAACCCAUCAUUGACCACAACAGCUAUACGGGCGAAACCAAAACUAGUUAACAUACAUGAUGCAAAUCAUGGUAACAAGAAUCUACCUGAUGCUAACAGAGAUGCUGUACCAAGCACAGCAGUAAGUGCUUCCCAGUUAGGAGGUGUCAAAUCUAUCAAAGUUAGUGACAAGAAAAAGUAUAAUCCAGGAUUACAGACAGAAAUUCUUGAGGAAGAAAGUGACAAUGAGUCAGUUAUGCCUGUUGAUUCGAAGAAUGUUGAUUAUGAACCUUUCAUAAUUGAAGAAGAAGAAGAAGGGGAAGAUGAAGAUACUUCAGCUGAAAAUAUGACAACGGAGAGAAAAAGUACAAGAAGGGACUCCAAUGAUUCCGCUGGAAGCGUAAUUCUAGAAGUUGAGGUUGACAGGAACCCGAUGAGCCCUUUUGAUGAUAAGUUUACUCUGGAUGAUGGUAAAUAA